AUGGAUCGGUGGUCUGUGGCGGCGAUCUUCUACUCGGGCUGUCUCUGUUUGGUUCUGCUGUUUGGUAGGUUGUCGCGGAUUUGUGCCAAUGGUGAAGGUGACGCGUUGAAUGCAUUGAGGAGUAGCUUGUCUGAUCCUAACAGUGUUCUAUCGAGUUGGGACCCCACUCUUGUUAAUCCAUGCACUUGGUUUCAUGUUACAUGCAACAGUAACAAUUUUGUUACUAGAGUUGAUCUUGGCAAUGCAAAUUUGACGGGCCAGCUGGUUCCACAGCUUGGUCAGCUCCAAUAUCUGGAGUACUUGGAACUAUACAGUAAUAGAAUUAAUGGGAGGAUUCCAAGUGAACUCGGAAAUUUGACCAACUUGGUUAGUUUGGAUCUCUAUCUGAAUAACCUAAGUGGUCCAAUACCUGAUUCAUUGUCGAACAUCCAGAGACUACGAUUCUUGCGGCUCAACAAUAAUAGUUUGACUGGACAAAUUCCAGUUUCUCUAACUAGCAUCAAUACCCUUCAAGUCCUUGAUCUUUCAAAUAAUCGGCUCACUGGACCAAUUCCAGUGACUGGAUCCUUUCAGCUUUUCACGCCUAUCAGUUUUGCGGGUAACAAUUUGGAUUAUAGUUCGAUUACCAAUAGAACACCUCCAGCUGCACCAGCACCCCCAGCUGCUUCUCCAGUUGGAGCUAGUACUACUGGAGCCAUUGCGGGUGGGGUUGCCGCGGGGGCUGCCCUUCUGUUUGCUGCUCCUGCAAUGGCACUCGCCUGGUACCGGCGAAAGAAGCCCCAAGAUCAUUUCUUUGAUGUUCCCGCUGAGGAGGACCCAGAAGUACAUUUAGGCCAACUUAAAAGAUUUUCCCUACGCGAGCUCCAAGUUGCGACAGAUAAUUUUAGCAACAGGAAUGUGCUUGGCAGAGGCGGUUUCGGCAAGGUAUACAAAGGGCGGUUGGCAGAUGGAUCUCUGGUGGCUGUCAAGAGGCUAAAAGAAGAGCGUACGCAAGGUGGGGAGCUUCAGUUCCAGACGGAAGUAGAAAUGAUCAGCAUGGCCGUGCACCGAAAUCUACUCCGGCUGCGUGGUUUUUGCAUGACGCCUACAGAAAGGCUGCUUGUUUAUCCAUUCAUGGCCAAUGGGAGUGUCGCAUCAUGCUUAAGAGAAAGAAAAGAAUCAGAACCUCUACUCGAUUGGGCUAUAAGAAAACGGAUAGCACUUGGUUCCGCAAGGGGACUUGCUUACUUGCACGACCAUUGUGAUCCCAAAAUCAUCCAUCGUGAUGUGAAAGCUGCCAAUAUACUAUUGGAUGAGGACUUUGAAGCAGUCGUUGGUGACUUUGGGCUGGCCAAGCUCAUGGACUACAAGGACACUCAUGUAACGACAGCCGUACGGGGAACAAUCGGUCAUAUAGCCCCAGAGUACUUGUCCACGGGAAAAUCCUCCGAGAAAACUGAUGUGUUUGGCUACGGGGUCAUGCUUCUUGAGCUCAUAACUGGACAGAGGGCUUUUGAUCUGGCUCGUCUUGCAAGUGAUCAUGAUGUCAUGUUACUUGAUUGGGUAAAGGGACUUUUGAAAGAAGAACAGCUGGAUAUAUUGGUAGAUGCAGAUCUUGAGGGGAACUUCAUAAAGGUGGAGGUGGAGCAGCUGCUUCAGGUGGCCCUACUCUGCACACAGAGCUCCCCAACCGAACGUCCCAAGAUGUCUGACGUUGUGAGAAUGUUAGAAGGUGACGGGCUGGCUGAGAGGUGGGACGAGUGGCAGAGGGAGGAAAUAUUCCGGCACGAGUUCAGUCAGUCGCAUAAUCCCACCACCGACUGGAUAAUUGCCGAUUCCACUUAUAAUAUUCGGCCGGAUGAGCUUUCGGGCCCCAGGUGA